CACCACCAUCCCCGCCGGCGGCUGCAGCGUCAGCAAUGAGUCUGCCCUCCAGCAGUCGCCUCUCCGCCUCGCCUCCGCGCGGCGGCGUGGCCGCCUCGCUGCCCGUCGUCUCUCCGCUCUCACACGCCGCAGCCUCGGGCGCAGGCACCGACUUCUCGCCGCCCGCACGCAGCCAGAGCCGCAGCGGCGGCGCGCCUCGGCGCAGCUCCAGCGAGGAGCGCCCGGCCGCCGCCGCAGCAGCGACGGCGUCUGCACCGAGCUCGAGCUCGCCGCACUAUGCGCAUCCACCUGCCCACUGUGCAUUCGUCCUCGUCGCCGAGUUCGACAUCGACAAGGGCAGCACGCUGUCGCAUCAGUAUCCGGCGCCCAUUGGGCAGGAUGAGUACAUGCUCGCAGAGCUCAUGCUGCCCGACGGCGCACAUGCGCGUGCUGAGGACUGGACGACCUUCUUCCUCAAGCAUCCGCCUACUGCACGUGUGGCAGAGGCGCAGGAAGAGGUGGCAGCGCAGAGCGAAGGCGGAGAGGCGGGAGGCAGCGCACCGAGCAUCACGCAUGUGCUCAACCUCGUGCGCACAAAGCACGACAACUCUGUGCGACGAGGCGCACUGGUCAAGGCCAUGGCCAUCGGCACGACACAUCCGUUCAUUCAUGUUUUCAAGCCCGUGCUUCUUCUAGCGCUAGACGACUUCUUCACCACAGGCGGUACAGCGCCUCUACAGCGUCUCUACGAAGCACUUAACAGCAUGGACCUCAGCGGCAUGCCGCAGCUCUCGCGCGACGAAAAGUUCAUCUUGCGUGCAAGCGAGCAGCGCGACUUGUUCCGCGAGCGCUUUGGCAGCGGUGGCCUCGAGAGGCAACGCAGUCGCAAUGGCUCGGAUGACAUCAGCGCUUCGAUGCACAAGUCGCUGCGGCCCAGACCGAGCAGCAACAGUAUUGCUGUCUCGCUGGGCGACGAUCCGCCAGAGCGGAUGGGAGCAAGUAGCAGCGCGAGCCACAAUGACGAGCGUGCCUCGUCUCCACCGCCAGCGAGUAUGCCUCAGCCCCUUCGUCGGCCAAGCGGUGCCUCCAUGCGCGCCAGUUCGCCAGCUCUGUCAGAGCGGAGACCGCCCCUGCUGGCCACUGCAUUGGGCGUCGAUGGCACACGGCAGCGAAGACCGUCUGCCGGCGCUUCUUCGUUGCUGUCGGGCGUCGGGGUGCAGCAAGGAGGCAUGCAGGAUACACACUGGUAUGAGACGAGCGUUGUGUACCAGGGCAAGAUGGUACGGCUGCGCAUUCCUGUCGCCACAUUUGCCGAGGAGGUUGGCGAGUACUCGCUCGUGGCUCUGCACUCCUCGUUUGGCAAUUCGACCCCUGUCGGGCCUCAGCAUGCGCAUCUCCACUCCAACGGCGCCUUGACGCCCUCUCUCAUCUUGCUCUUCAACGCAAUCAUGACGUCCAAGCGCGUCAUUUUCCUCGGCCACGGACAGCCCGCCCACACUGUCGCAAGCCACGUACUUGCAGCCUGCGCAUUGGCGAGCGGAGGAGGUGCAGUCUUCAGAGGCCUGAUCAGGCGAGCUUUCCCGUACUGCAAUCUGGGGAUGAUGGAUGAGUUGGAGCGCACUCCAGGCUACAUUGCAGGCGUGACGAAUCCGCGAUUCGAAGAGCUGCACGCCUGGGAUGUGCUCUUCAACAUCGAGACGGGCAAGGUCAGCGUUGCGAAGGACAUCGAAGCGCCGCCUCCCCUUCGACCAAACACACGUCCUUCUGCCGCAUCCCGACACGGCACAUUCUCGAGUGGCAGCAUCGCGAGCAUGUCGGGCAGCGCGGGCAUUGGACACGAGGCCGCGGAGACGGGCGAGUUUGGAACGCUCGGAGGCGCGGCGCCGAGCAUCAAGAGUGGCCGGGAGCGCACGGGAGGCAAUGCGCAGGUCAUUGAGGCGAGGCAGGACGCACUCGAUGUGCUCUUCAUCGAGGACGUCCUCGGCGCUGUCCAAGCUCGCUACGGCGAGCGCUACCUUCUGGCGCGCUGGGUCGACUACGCACAAGGCUUUGCGCGCACGGCAGCGCGGCACGAGGAGCAUUUCUACGGCCACACGACGCUAGCUGCGCCCAGCCAACCUUUCCUGAACGGCCAGCUCGGCAGCGGAGUCGUCUUUGGCGACCGAGAGACGGAACUACGCGAGACACAGGCGAAUGCUCAUCGCGCCGAGGGAUGGCUCGCCACAGAGAGCUAUAGGCUGUACAGAGAUGAUGAGGCACAGAGGGAGCGACAGCGCGCAGCAGGCGGGCAGACGUACGACCUGCAGCACCAAGUGAACCGGCUCAAGCGGGCACGGCAGAUCAACACCGCCGAGGCCGAGCUGCUCUUCUCGACGCUAGCAUCGAGCAUUCGCAGCGCCGAGCAGAUGACGGAGCUGCUUGCGCUUCACCCGGCGCACUCCGGCGGGCUUUCCAGUCUGAGCGUCGGUCUCCUACACCCCUCGUCUACGGUGCGCCACGCCACGCUCGAGCUCUUGCUGCAGCUCUCGUCCUUUGCCCUUGGGCAGAAGUUCAUCCAGCAGCUCAAUGUCUUCCAUCGUCUCACCUUCGCGCGUCUGCUCUCGGAACGAGGAGACGCGGCGAUUCUCUGCGCGCCGCCCACGGCGGGCAUCAGCCACGCACCACCGCAGUUUGCGAGGCGACCGUCGGGCGGCACGAUGCGCGACGGCCUGCCUAGCUCGGCUGGCUCGUUGCCCUUCUUGGCGAACUCGAGUGCCUCUCAUGCGUAUCUCGCACAGCCGAGCUCGGCCAUCGACAGCCGCGCUCCUUCGCCGUCGGCGCUGAGCUACACUGCUGCCACGUGAGGCCCGCCACUUCGUUCCCCCUUGCUCUUUACGCCGCGAUCCUCCUGCUCCCUUUACGCACCGUCACCAACCUCUGUAGCAACACUCUCAUGCUCGCUCAUCAAAUUGUUCUGGUGUUCUACAC